AGGCAGGCAAAAAUGCUUGCACAAUCAGACGUGCGCAUGAGACAACAAAAAAAAAAAAAGAGUAAAUUACGAUUCCUUUGUAGUUCUCACUUUCCGUAUAAAACUCAAAACAAAAUUUCAUGAGAGAGAACGAGACAGAGAUGGACGGUACAGCAAAAUUGGAGCUAUGGUGGUCUGUGAUUCUGAUCAUCAUUUCUGCUGCGCUGAUGCGGGUUUGUGAAGUGAUGUGGUUGAAGCCGAGAAGGAUUCGUUCAAAACUAUCAAAACAAGGUAUUGGAGGGCCAAAGCCAACCUCCAUCUUGCAUGGGAACAUUCAAGAGAUGAGCAAGAUUCAAUCUAUGGCUACCAGAACCAUUCCUCCACCCCUUGGCCAGGUUGUGUCCCAUGAUUGGUAUCUCUCCACCUUCCCAUAUCUCCAGAAAUGGAGUCAGGAGUAUGGUUCAGUAUACAUGUACUCAACGGGGAAUAAGCAGCAUCUGUAUAUUAGCCAACCAGAUUUGUUGAAAGAACUGAACCUGCACAAAUCCUUGGCUUUAGGAAGACCAACCUAUCUCACUGCAGCAACUGAGCCUAUGCUUGGCAAUGGUGUCAUUAAGGCUAAUGGAGAAAGCUGGGCUUAUCAGAGAAAACUCAUUGCUUCAGAGUUCUUCCUGCACAAAGUUAAGGGUACAUUGGGUCUAAUGGAGGAAUCUACCAUGGCCAUGGUAGAAGCAUGGGAGAAGCACAUAACAGAAAGUGAGGAAGGAGUUGUGGAUAUAACAGUUGAUGAGGAUAUGAAAAGCGUUUCUGCAGAUAUAAUCUCCAAAGCUUGUUUUGGGAGUUCCUAUGUCCAAGGCAAGCAGAUUUUUGAAAAGUUAAGGGCCCUCCAAGAGGCCAUGUCCAAGCCUAGUAUGCUAUUUGGACUUCCACAGUUCAGAUUUCUUCCAACAAAGGGUAAUAGAGCAAUCUGGAGAUUAAAGGAAGAGGUAGAUUCAUUCAUACACAGGGUAGUCAAGGCUCGCCAAGAAAAAAGACAACAGGAUGGAAAAUCUGAGGACCUUCUGCAGAUGAUACUUGACGCUGCCAACAAUGACAGCCAAAAACAUGCGAGUAAAACUGAUCACUUUAUAGUAGACAACUGCAAGAAUAUUUACUUUGCAGGCCAUGAAACAACUGCUCUUACAGCAUCUUGGACUUUGAUGCUUCUUGCAUUGUAUCCUGAAUGGCAAGAAUGUGUUCGUGCUGAGAUUUCCAAGAUAUGUGGUGAUCCUCUGCAGACAUGCAGGCUUGACUUGGACACCAUUCCCCAGUUGAAAACGCUAACAAUGGUCAUUCAGGAAAGCAUGCGUCUCUAUGGACCUGCUAUUAUUAUGGCAAGGGAAGCUUUUGCAGAUAUCAAGUUAGGAGAUCUUGUUGUGCCAAAAGGCAUCCAUAUAUGGAAUCUGAUUCCAGUAUUGCACCGGGACCCUGAAAUAUGGGGGGUGGAUGCCGGGGAGUUCAAGCCAGAAAGAUUUGCAAAUGGGAUAACUGAAGCCUCCAAAUAUCCACAAGCAUACAUGCCUUUUGGUUAUGGUACCCGACUCUGCAUAGGCCAGACCUUUGCAAUGUUGGAACUGAAGAUUAUACUCUCUCUCUGUCUAUCUAGAUUUUCCUUUUCCAUCUCCCCAAAAUAUUGCCACUCUCCAAUGUACAAAAUGUUGUUAAUGCCAGAACAUGGUAUGAGACUUCUGGUAAAAAAAGUGAGCUAAAGUGUGACUUAAAGCUGAGAAUGUCCUAGUAUCAGUGCUGAAGUAUAAUUAUAUCAGUGCUGAAGCAUAAUUUCUAUGCAUUUGUGAAGAAUAAGAUUGCCAGUUUACC